AUGUCAGACAGUCAUUCAGUAAUGUACAACGUUCUUAAAAGAAAUAGUUUAACAUCUCCCAGCAGCAACUCUAAAUACUCCAAUUGUAAAGACACACGUUGCACUUCAGUAUUUCUGGACAGCAGCUGCAAUGAGUCAGUCAAAGAACCUGAUGUAGAACGUAAAGAAGCACUGAGCAUAACAAGUUUAUCAGUGCUACAUGAGCAUUCUGCACACGUUCAUCCAAAUGCUCUCUUUUCUGUGUCACCAUCUAUUGAAAAAGAAAUUAAUUCUAUCUCCUCAUCAGAAAGAAGAGAAGCAAAUAGAAGCACAGAUUUUUUUGAAACUCCUAAAGUGAGUAGAAAAGGCUCCUCUCUACGCAGGAGGCUGCUUUUAUCUAAAUCUGUUCCAGCUAGCACAACUGUAGGAUGCUGUGAAAGACAAGUUAGUUCUCCAGGAAGCAGCAGGAAAAAAUUGUUCUCUGUUUCAGGCUCUCAAGAAAGACUUUCACAAACUGCUUCAGAUCCCCCAGAAGAUAAUAGCUGCAAAACUCUGACAACUAGCACUUCAAAAACUGAGGACUCUGAUCCUGAUUGCCCAAAUUGGAAACUUUCCUUUUCACAGCAAAGGACUUCUACUCUAGAUGAGUCCAAAUGUAAGGGCUCCUUAUUGCUAGAACCAGAAUGUUUAUCUCCAAUUCGGUGUAAGGAUGUUAUUGUUAGUAAUAUUAAUGAAUUAAAUAAAAGUGCCCCUAAGAGUGUUAAUGAUGGGUUGUUUAGGACUCCUGCUUACAGCGUGUUACCUGAGGCCAAUGAGGGUAAGUUCAUGGCUUCUAUCAACAGUCUUGUUGAGAACUUCAGCUUUGAACUACGUGAUACAAACCCUUCCCCAGUUAAGCUGGCAAGUUACCCAGAUCUUCCAACACCGGAGGAUAGCGGAUAUAAUUCACUUCAUUUGGACAAAUCAGGAGACUCAUUGUCUGAUCAUGAGGGAUCUUUCCAAGAGUUGUUCCAAAAACAUAAAGACGGUUCCAAAUCUCUGGAUGGUAAAGGAAAGACAAGAAAACUUGAACGAGUUAGAAGGUUAUCCACUCUUCGGGAACAGGGCUCACAGUCAGAGACAGAAGAUUAUCAUGUCAGUCCUUCUACUUCAGCAAGUAUGUUAACAGAAGAAAGAAACUUCAUCAGUGAAGACUGUGUAUUAGCUUCAGAACAGCCUCGUGGAGACCUGGUUAUAAGUCCCAGAGAUCUCUCAAGAACUCCAGCUCUGAAAAUAGUUCAUGAAAUCUGCUUGCAAAGACGAAGAUCAGACCAAAAUCAAAUACUAGAGAAUACUGGUGGAGCAGAAAUAUUUGCAUUAGAACAUAUUCUUGCUGGACUUAUUGGCAAGAAAAUGGGCCUUGAAAAAUUAGAUAUUUUAACAGAAUUAAAAUACAGGAAUUUAAAACAUGUUCUUGCUAUAGUUCUAGAUGCUUUGACAGUAGAAAGUCUAUGCAGCAUUUGGAAAGUAAGUAAAAACUGGCGUGAAAUCAUUGUGCAAGAUAAAAGUGCAGAUGAGAGGAGAAAGCUGUACAUAAAACACCUGAAAGAAGAAGCUGGGGAAUGUUUCUCAAAAGCUGAAGAUGUUGCCACAAGAUUUAACAUUCUCAAUAGAUCUGCUCUGAGGCCUGUUCAAGCUCAAGCCAGAACUCCUGCAGCACAAACACUACCUUCGUACACUGAACUUACACCCAGGAGAUGCAGUUCUGUUCCCCAUCCAACUAGCAGACAGGAGGAAUACAUAAAAGUUGCUAAAACUCUGUUUACUGAUGAAGCUCUAAAACCCUGUCCAAGAUGUCAAUAUCCUGCUAAAUAUCAAUUGGUAAAGAAAUGGGGACUAUGUAGCAGAGAGGCAUGUGCAUUUGAGUUCUGUAUUUUGUGUCUGCAUGCUUUCCAUGGGUCAAAAGAAUGUAGUAGUUUAUCUGCAAAACGGAAAAACAAAAAAGAUGCUCCUCCAGGAAGUGCUCAAAGCAAAAGAAAUUUAAAAAGACUUUAA